GCCUGCGCAAGAGGGUAUAAUAAUUGAAAGCUGCAGUUUACCAGAGGCCCGAUGAAAGUAAGCACAAAUCAAAAACAAACUUAAAAUAGCACCACAUCAUCCGUUAUGAGACUCCCGUUUGUUCGCCGGUAUCUGAUACCCAGCCAAAGACAGAGUGGAUGUGCAAAAAGAGUUUUGUUCCAAUUGGUGUUCAGGAUUUGAAUCACCAAUUCGCAACUCAACGCCAUUCUCCGCUCUGUUGCCUGUUACAUCUGAAGUGAAGGGGGAAUGUGUGCCUUGCGGAAGUAUUGAACGGGUUGCAGCUUUGUUGUACACAGCAAGGUGCUGGAAUUAUCUGGCCACUGAUUGUUUCAGCGGGAUUCAGCCGCAGAGAACGUAAACAUGGCGGAAUUCGAAAACAAGCACUCUGAGUCCUCAAGGAACUUUUCAAGGAAUUUUGUUGGAGGGGACAGUAUUGACUGUGACACUGAAGAUGGCUACCAGGCAAGCAUCAGUUGAAAAGAAAAGGGCAUCAGCGAAAGACAGGCUGGCAAAGCAUAGGGCAGCAACAUACAGCGAUCCUGAGUUACUUGAGGAAUACAGAAGAAAAGAGAGAGAGAGGUAUCGGAAACGUAAGGAAAAUGGUAAACUUAAGACUACUCAGGAUCUCACAAGUAGACAGCACGAGAGAAAAAAAAAGCAAUGGAGGAAAAAUUCUGCAAAAUACUACAGAAAGAAAAAGCAAGAGCAAGCACUUCUCGAUCUAACCCCAGAUUCUUCACUGACAUCCACAAAACCGGGAGUCAUCAACUCAAGGGAGGUGUCUUGUGUUUGUGGGGAAAACUGCAAGUGCUUUUCUCCAAUGUGCCAUGUGCUCUCUGAGGGAGGAGAAGAGGAACCCAACAGCACCGAGGCCACCAUUGAGGUUGGACAGUGGGUACUGGUCGAAUAUGAUGGUGACUUGUUCCCUGGUACAGUCACACAGCUCGUGGCUGAGACACUGGAUACCCCGGUUGGACCCACACAAGAAGUUGCUGAUGUGGAGAUGCAAUCUGCGGACUGUGUGGAGGAUGUGAAACCCAUGGUCCUCAACCCUGCCCUUUCCCCAGAAGCCAGCGGUAAAACAGGAGUGGGUGCAGGGCAGGACAAGGCGGAGGAGGCGGAGGACGCGGAGGACGUGGCCAUUACAGGAUGCAUCUCGGAGCCGCUGGUUGGUGACGUGGGAGCGGGCAGUGAGGAGGACAGCAGGGCCCAGAAAGAGAUGGACAGUGGCAAUCGCCCUGUGACCUCACCCCAUGCUGUGCCACCCAGUGUACCCACUUCCUCAGAGGAGGUGGGUGGGGCUGCAUUGAAACAUGCAACCGAGGCGAAGGAGGGACUUGGUGCUGGAGAGGAGUUGGCGCAGGUCCCCAUGGUCAAGGUCAUCGAGGAAGAAUGCCGCAUGGACACUUUCCCCAGCAAUGCUCUGGACACACAAAUGCACAUGGAGGCAGACGAAGAGAUUCAGAGUGAGGAGGUGCUGACCAGCAAAUGGAUGGAUGGCGAGAAAGAUCACGUCUCAAGCAUGGACUCAGCCCUCAGACCUGGAGAGGCUGAGCAACAGUCUAUGGACGUGGAGGAGGCCUGUGUCAUGUCAGAGUCCACAGACUGUUCCAAGAUGGAUGGGGCUGGACCUUCACUAGACAGACAGCCACAAUCUUCACCAUUUCCUUCAACCCUCCCCAUCAACAAUGGAAUGAGACCACAGGAAACUGAGAUGAACGCAAGAGGGCAACUGACCGAUGAGCCCUGUCAGGACAUUGAGACGAGGGCCUCGGGGAGAGUGUCAGUCUCUCCACCGGUGAAGAUUAAGGAUGAACCAGUGGAUGAAGAGUAUGACCGCGCCCUUGUCCCCCAGAGACCCCCAGGAGCAAUCAAGGAUGAACCUGAUACAACAGAGGAGUUUGGCCUGCAGCACAAGACCCCAGAGGAACUGAAGAUCAGCGCUGUGUUCUCUGUGGGUGGAAACGUUGCCCCCACAGCUCCAUCGUCAGCUGCCCAGCCUGUGAAGGGGGCGGCAGCUCCCUCUAAGACGGUCAGUUUGAGCACGCCUCUGGCCCCUGUCCCAGCCGCUGUCCCUGUCCCAGCCGCUGUCCCUGUCCCAGCCGCUGUCCCUGUCCCAGCCGCUGUCCCUGUCCCAGCCCCUGUCCCAUCCCCAUCCCCAUCCCCAUCCCCAGCCCCAGCCCCAGCCCCUGCACCAUCCCCUCUGCCCCCCCUGGGUCCUCUCAGCUCGGUGCGGGUGUCCUGUUCGGGCUGUAAGAAGGUCCUUCUGAAGGGGCAGACGGCCUACCAGCGCAAAGGCUCCUCGCAGCUCUUCUGCUCCACCAUCUGCCUCACAAGCUACACUCUGCCCACCAUAAAGAGCGUGCUGAAGAAGAGCUGCCACUACUGCCAGAAGGACAUUGAGCACCCAAAGGAUGUGAUCAUCGCUCCUGUAGACAUGGCCGGGACCGUCAAGGACUUCUGCAGCCAGUCCUGCCUGUCCUCCUUUGACUUUAAGAGGAAGACAGCUGUCUCCACGCUGUCCUCCGAGGGAGUGACCAUCAAGUGCAGCGUGUGCAACAACAUGGCUGUUAUUCGGCACGAGGUGAACUACCAGGGAACCGUGCACAAGCUCUGCAGCGACUCCUGCUUCACCCGUUUCCGCUUCUCCAACAACCUGACCAUGAACUGCUGCGAGAACUGCGGCGGCUACUGCUACAGCGGCCACGGCAUGUGCCACAUGCUGCAGAUAGAGGGCGCCAACAAGAAGCUGUGCAGCCCCAGCUGCGUCACCGCUUACAAAAUGAAGAGCGUUAAGGUGACUCCCUGUGCGAUGUGUCGUACGCUGCGCUCCUCGGCUGAGAUGGUGGAGCACGUCACCUCUCACGGCAAGACGGAGCUCUUCUGCCACUCCAGCUGUGUGACUGCUCACAAAGUGCAGACCACCAGCUCCUCAGCUCGCCCUCCUGCACACACCUCACACCGUCUGCCUGGCCUGUGUGUCACUGCAGGCACAGUGUUGCCAUGCAACCAGUGCAAGGUUGCAGCGGUGCCGCAGUUCCACCUGGCCAUGUCUGACGGGACCAUGCGCAACUUCUGCUCCUACGCCUGCGUGAUCAGCUUCCAGACUGCGUUCAACAAGGCCACCUCUCCGAGCCAGCUCAGUGUCAUCCCCUCGUCUGCCGUGCCCACCGCAGCGGCUGUGACCCAACCUGCGGUCACCACCACCGCCUCGUCCGAUUCGCCCGUCACCUCCGCUUCGCCUGCCCCUGUUCCAGCACAGCCCAUCGUCAGGGGGCAAAUCCGACUCACCUGCAAGCACUGCUACCGUCUCUUUGCCUCCAAACCUGAGCUUUUUGAGUUCAAGGGUCAGAUGGUUCAGUUUUGUGGGAAGACCUGCUCUGAGGAGUUUAAGAAGGUCAACGUUGUCAUGGCUCGCUGCGAGUACUGCAAGAUUGACAAGGUGGUCAAAGAGGUCAGAAAGAUCAACAAGCAGGAUUGCUCCUUCUGCAGUGAAGGCUGUAAGCUGCUGUACAAGCACGACCUGGCAAAGCGCUGGGGGAACAACCACUGCCGGAACUGCGCCUACUGCAGCAACACGUCUCCUCGGCUCGUCCAGAACCACUUCGGCGGCAAGCUGGAGGAGUUCUGCGGCGACCAGUGCAUGUCCCACUACACCGUGCUCUUCUGCCAGAUGUCGAAGUGCGACGCCUGCAAGCGGCAGGGGAAGCUGAUCGAGUCGCUCUGGUGGCUGGGCGCCAUGAAGCACUUCUGCAACCUCCACUGCCUGCUCCAGUUCUGCAGCCAGCAGAGCAGCUACAGCCCGUGGGCCAAAGCCCUGCCCAGCGCCACGGCUCCACAGGGCUCUGCCACACCAGCACCUGUGCCUAUUGCCCCUGCCCCUACCCCUACCCCUGCCCCUGCCUCUGCCCCUACCCCUGCCCCUGUCCCAGCCCCCCCUCCUACAGUCAGCCUCGAUAUCCCAGUCCCUACUAGCCUUGCGUCCAAGGAGGCCACUCCCGUCAUUGCCAACGUCGUCUCUCUCGCCAGCGCCCCCACUGGGCAGCCCACCGUCUACGCUAACACUGCCCUUCAAGGAGCUGUUCCUGUGACUCCUGCCAAGGUCAUUGAACAUGCCAGCACCCAGACAGACGCCCUGAAGCUGCCCCCAGCCCCGCCCGUCAGAGUGCUGAAGAACAAGGCUCUGCUCUGUAAACCCAUGAGCCAGAACAAGGGCACCAUCUGCAAGCCUCACACACAGAGCACAGAGACACAGACGGAAGAGAACUUCCCGAGGGUCAUGGUGCUGCCCGUUCCUGUGCCCAUCUUUAUCCCCGUGCCAAUGCACCUGUACUCCCAAUACACCCCUUCUGCUCUGGGCCUGCCCAUCCCGGUCCCGGUGCCCAUGUUCCUGCCCACCACGCUGGACAGCGCCGAGCGCAUCGUGGAGACCAUCCAGGAAAUCAAGAACAAGAUCCCCUCCGACCCCUACGAGGCCGACCUCAUCCUCAUGGCCGAUCUACUGGCCGAGGAGGAGGAGGAGAAGGAGAAGCCCCCCUCUCAUGGAGAUCAGGGCAGCUCCUACAGUGGGGACCUGGAGUCAGAGGCCGUGUCGACGCCCCACAGCUGUGAGAAUGACACCACGCCCAGCUCACACAAACACGGCCGCACUUCUGAGCAGGACGUGGCCCCCGCACCCGCCCCACCCUCGCCCCCACCCCAGCUCGACCUGGAGGCCGACUUCCCCAUCGAGUUGUCUGACCAGUCGACAGCCCCGGCAGAGGAGAGCGAGACGACGUUGCCUUCGAGGCCACGCGCCCGCAGGAGAGCGAGAGACGGCUUCCCCCCCAGGAAGAGGGGUCGAAAGCGGUCCGGGCCAGGGCCAGGGCCAGCAGCCCAGCCGCAAGAUGCUGCGCCCCCUGCUGCUGGUCUGAGGCUGCACCACCGAUACGGCGUGAACGCCUGGAAACACUGGGUCCAGUGGAGGAGCGCUCAGCCUCACGUGGAGAACCCCCGAUUCGGCAUGAGGCCUGUUGUACUGAAGGAGGACAUGCUGCAGUGCAGCACAGCGGAGCUCAGCUACGGUCUCUGCCGCUUCAUCAGUGAGGUGCGCCGGCCCAACGGGGAGCCCUACACGCCCGACAGCAUCUUCUACCUGUGCCUGGGCAUCCAGCAGCACCUGUUUGAGAACAGCCGGCUGGAGAACAUUUUCACUGACGUGUACUACGGCAAGUUCAUCUCGGAGAUCACCAAACUCCUCAAAGAGUGGAAACCCACCGUACUGCCUAGUGGGUACCUGUGUUCCCGUGUGGAGGAGGAGUACCUGUGGGAGUGUAAGCAGCUGGGGGCCUACUCCCCCAUCGUGCUGCUCAACACGCUGCUCUUCUUCAGCACCAAGCUGUACCGCCUGAAGACCGUGGCUCAGCACCACCGCCUGUCCUUCGCCCAUGUGAUGCGAUGCACCAAGACCCUGAAUGACAACAGCAAAGUCAGCUUCCUGCGCUUCUACCCCCCCGCUGCCAAGGAGCCCACGGACACAGCAGCAGAGAAGGUGGUGGUGCCUGCGAAGAGGAAAAAGGAGGACGACCCAGAAGAGGAUGUGCUGGAGAUGCCGGAGAAUAAAGAAAACCCCCUGCGCUGUCCUGUUAGACUUUAUGAGUUCUACCUUUCAAAGUGCUCGGACUCAGUGAAACAGCGCACAGACCUGUUCUACCUGCAGCCGGAGCGCUCCUGUGUGCCCAACAGCCCCAUGUGGUACUCCUCUGUCCCGCUGGAGGACAACGCCAUGGAGACCAUGCUCACCCGCAUCCUCACCGUGCGGGAGGUGCACCUGGAGGUGGAGUCCUCACAGACGCCCUCCUCGGACGCAGAGACCUCCGAGUGACGCGGGAGAGAGACCUUUUUUUAAACAGAUGUAGAGAUGUGCAUUGACACUCAUACAAAUAUUAAUUCACACACAGACACACGGGCGUGUGCAUGCAAUCACAAUCUGACGUCAGUGGGAGUGGCGACCAAUCGAGAGAUGGGUGCGUCUCCCUGCCUUCCUGCGCAGAGUAGCAACAAGGGAUCAAGACUACCAUGGAAACCCGCCCCAGUUGAAUGAUUUGACGCCCAUUUUGUUUUGUGCAUCGAGUGACAUUUAAAAGUGGCUUUAAACUGAAUGGUUUAAAUAUGCGAUUGCUUUAAACUCAACUGCUCUUUUUCAAUGAGAAAAGGCCAGUUACCCAUGCUGAAGCUCACACAUGCAUACAAGUAUGUAUUGUUAGCAGGCAGAACGCACAACCCUACCCAACAUUGUUGACCAGGCUAGGUCUUCUUAGUUCACCCAUUCUGAUUCUGUUUUUGAAUGUAUUGAGAGUAUGGAUAUUGGUAGACUCAACCUCUGAAAUGUGCUCCCUUAAAACCCCAAGAUUGUCUUGAGACUGACGUGGCUGGGACUACAUUGGAGGCAGUCUUGAAGUACUGUGAACCAUUAAGUGCUGAUAUUCCAUUAAGGAAUUUUCCCACACAAGUUGGACAGAAUCCGCUUUGUUCUUGGGAACGUUGGGACUAUGGAUCCCAAAAUCUCCCCUUGUAGAUGGGCGCACACCACAUAUAGUGAGAAAUAACCAGUUAUUCUUGUGUACAAACCUGAUGGAUUGUGAACCUUCCUGGUUGUUGACAACAGUGUAUGACGAUUUUCACAACGUGGACCCCCGUAUUGGUAAAAGGGCCACAAAAUUGCAUGUGCUAUAGACUUCUCUUCCUGAAUGGGAGUGUGUAUUUUCAAUGGGUAAUGGAUGGCAGUUGUGUGUCAUUCAUGUGGAGUGAUGAGCCAAUGUAAGAUUUUGCUGUGUAAAUUGGUCUCAUUUAGCCCGUAAUGCUGGGAAUACAAAGGACUUACAUUACAGAUGCAUUUGGCAUUUAGAUUCUGGUGGAAUUGGCCAGGUGGGACUGAAUCUUUUGUAUUUUGUUCUUUUUUUUAUAUAUAUAUAAAAGUCAGUGCUGGAAA